CGGAAAACGGUCACCGGUCGUCGGUCCGUGACGUUUCAUAACGAGGAAGUAGCGUUAGCCGUGGAUGGCGGAGAGUAGAGCGGGAAUAUGAGUAGAUAACUCCUUUUAAAUGAGUUGUAUGCCAGAAGUUCAGUGAUAGAUGGAAAGUGUGGUUGUUUUAUGUUUAAACUUGAGCUUUAAAAUGAUCUUAGUGGUCUCCAGAACAUGUGUGUGGUUGUUUUGAAGCUAACAGCUAGCUGGCUAACUGUAGAUCUGAUCUCAGAACAGCUAAAAACACUAAGUUACAUCCACAACACUGUUUAUAGCUUACAUUUAAGGGCAAAGGCAGCUGCUCCGUCUGGGGAAAUGUGCAGCAUCCAAACUGUGUUAGUGUUUGCUCUCGUAGCAGCAACCAGCGUCACUCCUGUUUAUGUCCUGGAGUUCUGCCAAGGUACUGACCGUGAAUGCCACAGUCAUGACGAAAUGCCAUCAGGCACCGUCAAAUCCAGGUGGAACAUGAGUGUUUCAAACCUCAUACAGGACCUGGACCAAUUCAGUGUGUCCUGCAAGAAGCUUAUAGAAGCAUUUCCAGUCGAUGAGGUUGAUGGCAACUUUGUUCGCACUGUAAAGAACUGCAUAUUCUCCAAAUCCAUUCCAACCCCACUGAAAGGCCCGUUAAGACUGGCAGCAGUUUCCAAGGAUGUCGUUGAAGGCAUCUUAGAUGUAGACGUGGCUGUAACACAGUCUGAGGAGUUCCUGCAUUAUGCCAGUGGUGGCAGACUGCUACAGGGAUCGGUACCACUUGCACACAGAUAUGGAGGUCAUCAGUUUGGCUACUGGGCAGGUCAGCUGGGUGAUGGUCGAGCACAUUCUCUUGGUCAGUAUACAAACAGGAACGGGGAAGUAUGGGAACUGCAGCUCAAAGGCUCUGGGAAAACACCAUAUUCAAGGUCAGGCGAUGGUCGAGCUGUGAUCCGCUCCUCUGUAAGGGAGUUCCUGUGCAGUGAAGCCAUGCAUUUCCUGGGUGUUCCAACCAGCAGGGCUGCCAGUCUAAUUGUAAGUGACGAGCCGGUGUUGAGGGAUCAAUUCUACAGUGGCAAUGUGAAGACAGAGAGAGGAGCUGUUGUUCUCCGGUUGGCAAAGUCAUGGUUUCGGAUUGGAUCUUUAGAAAUUUUGGCUCAAAGUGGAGAGAUAGAUCUCCUGAGAAAGCUGUUGAACUUUGUGAUCGGUGAACAUUUUGCUUCAGUCGAUUCAGAUGACCCAGAUAAAUAUUUGGUGUUUUAUUCCACAGUUGUAAAUGAAACAGCACACCUGAUUGCCCAGUGGAUGUCUGUUGGGUUUGCACACGGUGUGUGCAACACAGACAACUUCAGUCUGCUGUCUAUCACCAUCGAUUACGGACCAUUUGGCUUCAUGGAAUCGUAUAACCCCAAUUUUGUCCCCAACACAUCUGACGAUGAGGGCAGAUACAGCGUAGGAGCUCAGGCCAGCAUCGGACUGUUCAACCUGGAGAAACUCUUGAUGGCCCUCAGUCCGGUGCUUUCUGAAAAACAGCAGAAAGAGGCUAAAAUGAUUUUAAAAGGAUAUGUUGAUAUUUACCAGAUGAGGAUUCAUCAGCUAUUUAAAGCUAAACUGGGGCUUCUAGGUGAAGAGGAAGAGGAUGGCUACCUCAUUGCGUUCCUGCUUAAGAUGAUGGAGGACACACAGUCAGACUUCACCAUGACAUUCAGGCAGCUCAGUGAAGUUUCAGCCCGGCAGCUUCACAACAGCGACUUCACACAGAUGUGGGCUCUUGAAGACUUGUCGUCCCACAAGCUCUUCUCUGAUUGGCUCAGCAUGUACCUGCUCCGGCUCAGCAGACAACGAGAUGAUAGUGAUUUAGAUCGCCAACACAGGAUGAAAAAUGUAAAUCCUAGAUAUGUGCUGCGGAACUGGAUGGCAGAGUCUGCUAUAGGGAAAGCUGAGAUGAACGAUUUUUCUGAGGUGGAGCUGCUGCACCACAUCUUGUCCUUUCCCUUUGUUACACAAGAGACUGCAGAGGAGGCGGGUUAUGCAGCAAGACCUCCAGUGUGGGCUAAGAGGUUAAAGGUCAGCUGUUCCUCUUGAGUGACUCCUGGAUUGAGCAAAGUACUUAAAUGAAGAAGAAUUACAACCCAGCUGAGCUUUUAUGGUACAUUGUGGUCAUUUAUGUCCUGCUGGUGGAAUAUAUUUGGUCCAAAAUGUCAAGGUCAUGGUUCUUUUCUACUCCUUUCUACCCACUAUGUGUGAAUACAGUGACCAACAAAAAUUGUAUAUAGCUCUUAGUGUCACAGAAGAAUUAAAUUCUAAUUGUAUUUAGCUCAUAAAAGUGUACUUUGACUGUUUGACAACUACAUACUUCCAUUCUUAUUGACACCAAAAUAAAUACAAAGAUGCUACUGUG